UACAAAGUAUACUCUGUGUCGAGUGUCGAUCUGACCUGCAUCCCUAUUGCCGAGACCCUUUUAAUCGUACACUGCUCCAUUUCAACGAAAUUCCUUACAAAAUGUGCAACGGCUACUGUGUGAAGUGGAUUCGAGCUCCACUGGACAACGCUGAUUUGCGUCAUGGAGAUCUCUACAUAAGGACUUGCUCAAGUAAUCUCAAUGUUCGCUUUCAAAUCUCCCCAGUAUGUUUCCAGGAAUCGUACACCGUGAACCGACGGUUAUGCUUCUGCAAUCGUCCCAAAUGCAAUUCCGCUCUCCCUUCCAACUCGCCUCUCCUGCUCAUGAGUCUCCUUUCCCUUUUAGCCACACUUCUUCCCAUUUAA